AUUAAUAAUAUUACAUUAUAUACCUGAUACCUCUCUCUGUUUCUCGUCUCUCACAGACAUCUCUCUGUUCCUCUCUAUUUUUCUCGCAUUCCAACGUUCAUUUUCCCCUCUCUCUCUCUCUCUCUCUCUCUCUCUCUCUCUCCUACCUUUCUUUCUCCGUCGCAGUUUCACAAUGAAUUCACCAGCAAUUUCAAUGACACAUUCAUCACCAUCAUCUUCUUCUUCAUCAUACUUAUUCUCCUCAAUUCCUUCAAUCAAAAACCCUAGAAAAAACGCCAUAACUCGAACUCAAUUACCUCAUUUCAAUUUCUCUCUCCACAAAUCCACCCCCAAAUUCUCCCUAAAAAACCCUAGCUCUAUUACUUCGCCGCCAUUUCCGAACACUUCCGACCUCGCCUCUUCAAAAUUGGACAACUUAAUCUCCGAAUUCCAACCGUUGACCAAUCCAAUUGACCGACUCAAACGUCUGCUAAACUACGCAACCAGAUUACCAGUCUUAGACGAGCAAAAUCGGACGGCAAAGAAUCGUGUAAUGGGGUGCACGACACAAGUGUGGGUCGACGCCAAGCUUGACGAAGAAGGAAGAGUGAGAUUUAAGGCGUAUAGUGAUUCUGAGGUGAGUCGAGGGUUUUGUGGAUGUUUAAUUUGGGUUUUAGAUGGGUGUUUUCCUGAACAAGUGUUGGAUUUGAAAACGGAUGAUUUAGGGUUGGUGAAUUUUGGGGGAAUUACGGGUGUUAAUUCGAGGGUGAAUACUUGGUAUAAUGUUUUGGUUAGUAUGCAGAAGAAGACUAAAAGUUUGAUUGCUGAGAAAGAAGGGAGGUUUUUUGGAGAACCAUUUCCUUCUUUGGUUGUUUCUGCUAAUGGGGUUUAUGCAAAAGGUAGCUUCGCUGAAGCACAGGCAAGAUAUCUGUUCCCUGAUGAAUCACAAGUCAAUGAUCUUGUCAAAUAUCUCAAAGAAAGGAAUAUUGGUAUUGUUGCACAUUUCUACAUGGAUCCUGAGGUCCAAGGUGUCUUAACUGCUGCUCAAAAACAGUGGCCGCACAUCCAUAUAUCAGACUCAUUGGUUAUGGCUGAUAGUGCUGUCAAAAUGGCGGAAUCUGGAUGCCAAUUUAUUGCUGUUCUCGGUGUCGAUUUCAUGUCAGAAAAUGUCCGUGCAAUUCUUGAUCAGGCUGGCUAUGAUAAGGUUGGUGUUUACAGGAUGUCUGAUGAACGAAUCGGUUGCUCAUUGGCUGAUGCUGCAUCCACAACUGAGUAUAUGAAAUAUCUUGAGAUUGCCUCUUUGUCACCACCUUCAUUGCAUGUGAUCUAUAUAAACACUUCACUGGAGACAAAAGCUCAUGCUCAUGAACUUGUACCAACAAUAACGUGUACUUCUUCCAAUGUCGUGCAGACAAUGUUGCAGGCAUUUGCACAGAUUCCUGACCUUACAGUGUAUUAUGGACCGGAUUCCUACAUGGGUGCCAAUAUUGCAGAGUUGUUUCAGCAGAUGGCCAUGAUGUCAGAUGAAGAAAUUGCAGCCAUACAUCCACAACAUAACAGAGACUCAAUUAGAUCUUUGCUUCCUCGCUUGCAUUACUUCCAGGAUGGUACAUGCAUUGUUCAUGACCUUUUUGGACACGAAGUUGUAGAGAAGAUAAACGAGAUGUACUGUGAUGCUUUCCUUACUGCUCACUUUGAGGUCCCUGGAGAAAUGUUCUCUUUGGCAAUGGAAGCCAAAAGGCGAGGAAUGGGGGUAGUUGGCUCGACCCAAAACAUAUUAGAUUUUAUAAAACAGAGGCUACAAGAGGCUUUGGAAAGAAAUGUUGAUGACCAUCUUAAGUUUGUCCUUGGGACAGAAUCUGGAAUGAUUACUUCCAUUGUUGCAACAGUGCGCACAAUGUUGACGUCUGUAAAACCCUUACCAAAGAGAGCAAAUAUCAAUGUUGAGAUAGUAUUUCCUGUAUCAUCAGAUUCGAUGACAAACACAAAAAAGACUUCUAAUGGCAGCUUAAAUUCAGCAGCAGUUGAAGAUCCACUAAAUCUUACCAUUGUGCCUGGAGUUACAAGUGGUGAAGGCUGCUCCAUCCAUGGGGGAUGUGCAUCUUGUCCAUACAUGAAGAUGAAUUCUCUUAGCGCGCUUCUAAAAGUUUGCCAAAACUUGCCGAAUGAUAAAAAUGUUCUCUCCGCUUAUGAAGCUGGAAGAUUCAGUUCACACACUUUGACUGGAAGAUCAGUAGCUGAUGUUGGAUGUGAACCAAUUCUUCAUAUGAGGCACUUUCAGGCAAAUGGAGAAUUGUCGGCAAAGCUAGUUCAGCAGGUCUGUCAAUCAUCUAUAGAUGGGAAGCCGACAUCAUAAAACUCGACGACGUUUGUUAUGUUACAUGCUGGAUGUAAGACAGGUGCUGCUGUUCAAAUGAAUGAGCUUUAUAUGCAAUUUUGUUAGAUGAUAA